AUGUAGGCAACUAUUAAGCGGUGAGGAAAGUCCAACAUGGCGGCGCAGGUUCAGUUGAGUUGUUUGGAGAAUUUUCCCGAACACAUUAGUCCUCUGGAUGUUCUGGCCCUGGAACCUGACCUGGAAUCUGUUUUCCAAUAUGACACCAACCAGCCGAUCGUCCUCUUCACACCGAACCGGCCUCAGCUCUGUGACAGGACGGGCAUUUUACUGCAAGUUCACCCGACCACCAUGGAGGAGAUUAGCAGCGCCGGGGGCAGAAGCUGCCUAACUGCCGACAGCGACUCCGGACUACGUGUCCGCUUCUUCGCCAGCCAGUAUUUCCUAAACCACUAUCGGAUCAAGCGGUGUUCAUGCGCCGGAACUGUCAGGCCUCUGGAGCCGGUCAGUCUGGACAGGGUGGUGCUCGGAGCCCGCAGCAGGCAGAGCCUCCGCUGGGCUGGAGGGGAGCAGUUCACCGGUGGCCUGCUGGAGCUCUGUCACUUGGGCCAGGAGCCGCUGGCCCGUCAAGGAGACCCGCUUCUCUUGCCCCAUCAUCCGCUGUUUGGAGACGACAUGGGGCAGGUGCAACAGCGCCUCCUGGAGCUCCUGGUGCUGGAAUGCAGUCCAGUGAAGCAGGGGAGGAUCACGGCCAACACCUCUCUGGUCCUGACCGACUACUGGGACUGCGCAGACCCUCCAGGCCCGUCGUUGCCCUGCAGAUCUCUCGGACUGAGCGUGUCAGACUUUGCUCAUUACGCCGACAGCCUUGGCGGGUCUCGGUCUCUCCUGGACAGCUGGAGUAGUCUUGGCUCUGAGCUGCCAGACGUCCUGCAGGCCCUGGAGUGCAGGUUAGACGUGCGCGUGGUGGACACUCACCGAUGGUGCAGGGUCAAAGGCCAGCAAGGAUCAUUUGUGGACACAGACAACUGUGUGUUCCUGAGCAAGCAGCUGCUUCGGAGGCUGGGGCUGUUCAACCAUGAGUGGGUGAGGUUGUCCAGGACUGUGGGGGGCGGCAGAGGGCCGGGGGAAGAGGUCGAUGUCAGAGCUCCCCCCUGCAGAGAGCGCCAGGUCUCUGCAGUAGUGGUGGAUCUGAGUCCAGAACUGAUGAUCCACGACGAUGUAGGUUUCAUCUCAGCGACUCUGUGGUUCAACAUGACUGAAGGAGAAACGCUUCCCGUGAAGAGCUGCACGCUGAGGAUGAAGAGGUGGAAAUCGGCUCUUGAAGAUCUCCGGCAGCGCUCUGACAGUUACUGCCGCUCAGCUUCUCUGCCGUUUGCCACCGAGCUUCACAUCCAGCCGGUCAGCUCUCCGCAGCACAGCAACCUCAGCUUCCCCGACAACCUGCUGGCCGAGCAUUUCGCCACUCCACGCGUGAUUUCACAGGGAGACAUCCUGACAGUUCCUGCUAGAAACCAUCCAGACCUGCUGGAAAACAAUGCAGAGGGGAUUCGCAGGUGUCCGGUUCUGUACUUUAAAGUUCAGAACGUUCUUCCAUCUGCUAACGGAGGAGGAGAAGCUCUUCUGGCUGAUGAGGCUCACACCUCCCUCUACAUGGGAACGUUCACCAACAGCCCUGUUCCCUGCUGCUGUGUGGAUGAAGAGUCUCUGUGGAGCAGCCUGACUCCUUCUGGCCUCAACAAGACCGUCGACCUCCUCAGCGACCUCAUCCUGCCUCACCUGCAGCACAGAGAGUCUCUGUCUGCUUGCACCGUCCUCCUCCACGGUCCUGCAGGCAGCGGAAAGAUAACUGUGGUCAGAGCGGCGAGUCGCAGACUCAACCUCCACCUGCUGAAGGUGAACUGUGUGACUGUGUGUGCAGACACUCCUGCAGCUGCAGAAGUGAAGCUGUCGUCGGUGUUCCAGCGAGCCAACGCGCUCCAGCCGUGCGUCCUGCUGCUCAGAAACCUGCAGCUCCUGCUUAAAACUCCAGGAUCUGCUGAAGAUGAUGGCCGGGUCCAGGCGGUUCUGUGCCAGCUGCUCGGCAGCGCCCCCGCCAGUGUGGUAGUCGUGGCCACGGUUUGCAGAGCUCGGGAUCUCUCCACCGGCGUCAUGGGGGCAUUUGUCCACCAGGUGGCGAUGGAGAGCCCCACAGAGGAGCAGCGGCUCACCAUGUUGGUAGGUCUGAGUCGAGAGCUUAGUCUGGGGAGAGACGCCAACCUGGAGCGACUGUCCAAGCUAACCGCAGGUUUUGUGCUGGGAGAUCUGAGCGCUCUGCUGGCUGAAGCUGGAAGAGCUGCCUGCAGGAGGCUGAUCCACAUCUGCGGUGGCCAGCUGCAGGAGGACUUGUGCUCCAGCGGAGUGACCAUCAUGAACCAGGACUUCUGCAGCGCCCUGGAGACGCUGCAAAGCGCCCAGUCUAAAGCCAUCGGAGCCCCAAAGAUCCCCAACGUGUGCUGGGAGGACGUUGGCGGGCUGGAGCAUGUGAAGAGGGAAAUCCUGGACACCGUGCAGCUUCCUCUGCAGCGUCCCGAGCUCCUGUCUUUGGGCCUGAACCGAACCGGAGUCCUGCUGUACGGACCGCCCGGGACGGGGAAGACCCUGCUGGCCAAGGCUGUGGCCACCGAGUGCUCCAUGACCUUCCUCAGUGUCAAAGGUCCAGAGCUCAUCAACAUGUAUGUGGGUCAGAGUGAAGAAAACAUCCGAGAAGUGUUCCACAAAGCGCGCUCGGCUGUUCCCUGUGUCGUCUUCUUUGACGAGCUGGACUCUCUGGCGCCCAACAGGGGGCGCAGUGGAGACUCUGGAGGAGUGAUGGACAGAGUUGUGUCUCAGCUGCUGGCUGAACUGGACUCGCUGCAGUCGUCUGCUGGAGUUUUUGUGAUCGGAGCCACAAACCGUCCGGAUCUGCUGGACCAGUCGCUGCUCAGACCCGGAAGGUUCGAUAAGCUGGUGUAUGUUGGGAUCAAUGAGGACCGGGCCUCCCAGCUGCAGGUUCUCCAGGCCAUCCUCAGAAAGUUCCAGUUAGAUCCGGCCGUGAAUCUGCAGGAUGUGGUGGAUCGCUGCCCGACUCGCAUGAGCGGCGCCGAUCUGUACGCUCUGUGCUCAGACGCCAUGACGGCGGCCAUCAAGAGAAAAAUCCAACAGAUCAACGACGGUCUGGAUUCAGAGGACUCUCCUGUCCUCCUCUGUGCAGAGGAUUUCUCUUCUGCUCUGAAAAACUUUAGGCCUUCUGUUUCCGAAGCGGAGCUGCUGCGGUACCGAAGCAUUCACCAGGAACUCUCUGGACAGUAGAAAACCUCUGUGAGGUUUCAUCAGGUUUAGCUGCUAAAUGUAACAUUAAGAUGACGUUUGAGUUCUGAGUUGGCGCUUUUCACCGUCAUUAUUUUUCUAACAUGUAAAUGACACGAAGAAAGAAGCACAUGCUAAUAAAUCAGUGAAGACUUUA